UCCCCAUCCUUCCCUCCAUCCCUUCUCCUUCCCUUCCCCGGCCUAGACAAUGCUGUGGUAGAGAGGACCGAGGAGGCCACAGAGCCCGCCGAGGCGGACAUCAUGGAGCUGUGCAGGACACGUUCUCCAAAAUGGUCAUGUACCUAACAGGCAAGCUGACAGCCACCAGUGAAGACUAUAAACUUCUGGAAAAUAUGAACAAACUGACUAGUUUGAAGUAUCUAGAAAUGAAAGAUAUUGCAGUAAACAUAAGUAGAAACCUAAAGGACUUAAACCAGAAACAUGCAGCACCUCAGGCUCAUCUGGAUCAGAUCACUUUAAUUGAGGAGCAAGUAGCAGGCCGCUUACAAGUUGGAUGCAUAUUCAAAGAAACUAGAAGCCAAGUACUAGAAGUUAGAGAGGCGAGGAAAGAAUUCAUUAGCACAAAGACUUUAACUACAAGAAUAAGAGCUGAAAUGAGGGGGAUGGAACUUAUCCCUACGCUUCAGUUCCUAAAAGGAAGUGGUGCUGCUGAUCCAAGGAAAAUCCCAGCCCUCACCUCUGGUUGGGUGUGUAACUUUGGCCAUCUCUUGACGUUUCCUAAAUCUGUAGCCCCUGGAACCUCAUCUUAUCAUGUGCUUCAUUGUGUGCCCUGGACCAAAGCUCAGAAAUCAGGAUCGACCCCAUCUGGAGCAGACACAGGAGAGGCUCUCGGCUCCCCGUCUCCUCCCUUCUUUCCUGUCCACCUGGGCUCCCCCCCACCCCCUUCAUAACCUGUUCUUCAACUUAAAUAAU